GAACAGGUGAAGAAGAAAGAUUCCUCUUUAAUGCUUCUUGCGUUUUGUACACGUAUACUUUCCUCAUCUUAGCAUAAAAUGGAGCCAAACCGUAAUUCUCUGAUCUCAAACCCACUUCAAAUCCCGCUUUUCCAGAGAGAAAAAGGUGACUUUGAUUGCUUAUGGCCAACCCUGUUACUGAUAAUGAUAACGAGAACGGAUGGCUUAAGAGAGUGAAGGCCGAAGGAGCUGUUCCAUUUCUUGAACCAGAUAAUUGUCCAAAUGGUUGGGCAACCCCAUCCGGAAACAUUUUUAUGGUCCGUGGUCCAGAGUAUUUCUUGACCAGGGUUAAAAUUCCUGGCGAUGAGUAUCUUCUAAAGCCACUUGGUUUUGAUUGGGUCAGAGGUCCUACAAAGAUUUCAGAGGCCUUAAAGAAUCCCAAAAACCGCAUUAGGAAGGCUCUUGAGGAUGAAUUUCCAACAGGUAAGAAGCCUUUUGUUUGGGCAUUCAAUCUACAAGUCCCAAGCAAGGAUAAUUACAGUGCCAUUGCAUAUUUCGUAGCCUUGGAACCUAUCCCCGAGGGAUCUUUGAUGGACUGGUUCUUGAAAGGGGACGAUGGGUUUAGGAAUUCAAGGCUUAAAUUGAUUGCUAACAUUGUUAAAGGACCUUGGAUUGUCAGAACAGCAGUUGGGGAGCGAGGUAUAUGUUUAAUUGGCAGAGCACUUACUUGCCAGUACUGUGUGGCAGAGAAUUUCAUAGAAGUAGAUAUUGAUAUUGGAUCUUCUAUGGUUGCAAAUGCAAUUGUUCAUUUGGCUUUUGGUUACAUAACAACACUUACUGUUGAUCUAGCUUUUCUCAUUGAGAGCCAAACUGAAUCAGAACUUCCAGAACAAAUUUUAGGAGCUGUGAGGUUCUCUGAGCUGAGCGCUGCUGCGGCUAGGCCAGUUGAGCUAUCAUCUGAUGCCAGUGCUCAUAAUUUACAAUCAUCUCUGUCUGGACGGUUAUGGAAGUCAAUUGGGCAAGGCUUCUCCAACCUUCUUCCAAGUGCUCAGGAAAGCAGCUCUGUCUCUAGCUCAGCACAUGUCAAUGGAGUUGUUGAUAAUGAGCAUAGUGGAAAUGAGAUAAGGAUUGAUCAACCAGAUGCCAAUGAUGACAGUUCCUCUCUUGCAAUCAGAGAAAGUUGAUCUUGGUGUUGAAGAUUGUUAUAUAUAUAUAUAUAUACUCCAAAAUUGAUUGAAGUGGGAACUUCUCUUUCAUUUAUUUUUAUUAUGUGAGGGUUGUGUAUGAAUCAAGGCAGCCAUGAAUCUCUUUUUCAUAUGCCUGUUGUCUUCUGUAUAUUUUUAUUAGAACUAAUGCCAUUUGUUAUUCACCCCCCCAAAAAAAUGCCAUUUGUGAAUUUUAGAA